GUGCAAUUCAGAAAGCAUUGUGGGGUUAAACUUUGGUGAAGAGCCUGUCCCUUUAUUUGUAUAACUUUGCAUAUGGGGGAGGGGAGGAAGAUUUGAUGCGCACUCUGCCCCUGUUUCCACACCGGUUCCAGUGCUUCAGACUUGAUUCUAUUUUUAGCCUUGUUGCUGGGCAGAUCUGCCUGCACUUCCUGCUGAGUCUCAGCCUCUGGUUUCAAAGGGAUUGCACAAAGCGAUCUUCAGCAACCAACCUGGGUGACUAUGCAAAUCUUCAACUCAGUUUUUUGACAUAAGAUAGUCAAGUAUACUUUCUAUGGCUCAUCUUAAUGCUUUGAUGUCAACAUGGCUUCAGGGGGCUCCUUUUUAGAGGAUGUUUUCCAUACCUACAAAAGAGACUGUCAUUUUUAAUGCAAAGUUAUAAACUAUUAGGGUAAGGGGGGAAAGCUGAAUCAUUCUUGUUAAUCAGAUUUUAAUUUGUCAUGCCUCCCAAGCUUGCAGUCCUUCCUACUUGAGCCACAUUUAUGACUUUGGCGUGAGGUGGGCAGUGACCUCUAUCUGUGGCUGUGCAUGUCCAAAUCAUCAGAUGCAUUUCAUUUCCCUUAAGAAAGAAAUUCUCCUCAGUGGAUAAAAGAAGUAAGCAAAUAAUGUGUUCUUUGUGAGAAACCUAUUGGAUGCAAUUUAGAACUAGAGUGCUUGCUUCUGAUUGGUGGCUGAGCUUCAGCUUCCUUCAGCCAAUCAGAGUACAUAAAAUGGAACAAGGAAGGGACUCCAUAAGAAUGAAGCAAGGCUGCCGGUUUCUCUUUUUUUCCCUGUGUGAAGAUCACACAAACUGAGUGUGUGGCUACAGCUGGCUCCCUCUUGGGAUCAAAAUGGAAAGCAAUGAAGAGCCUCAAAAAAAAGUGUUUAAGGCUCGCAAAACCAUGAGAACCAGUGAUCGACAACAGCUUGAGAGCGUGUAUAAGGUGAAAGAGGAACUUUUGAAGACUACCGACAUUAAAUUGGUAAAUGGGAAACAUGAAAAUGGGGAUUCAGAUCUCAGUUCUUCUGUACUCAAUCCUGAUUGCCCUGAGGACAAAGUGGUAAAUGGUAUAGAGGAUUUAGGACUUGACUCUGAAGAAGGAAAAAUGAACUCUGAAGAAAUUAUUGAUGCCAAAAGCCCAGAUGUCAAAGAAAACCAGGCUGGUGACCUGACUGACAGACUUGAAACAACCCCGAAACCUUCUCCUGAGAGCAUUGCUUCUGAUCAAGUUCAUGAGGAUACUAGUACUACUUUAGGCUCUGUCCCAGAAGGACAAAUACUUGAAUGUAAUAAAGACAGUGAGAUCCAAGAAGAGGUCAGUAUACAAAAUGAUUUGGACCAUAAUGAUGCUUAUGUAAAGGAUGAUUUGGACCAAAAAACCACACCAAGUGAGCCUGAAGAGGAUAAGAAAGUAAGUUGCAAUGUUAAUGACUGUGUAAUGGAGCCAGCAGAAACAAAGGAGUUAGCUCUUGGUCCUGAUAUGAUUGUGGAAGAAGAAAAGAAUGCAGAAGAAGAUGUUAUAAAAGAGAAUAUUGGCGAAGAAACAAUAUCUAGCAGUUUGGAUACAAAUGAGGGCCAAAAAAUUGAAGAGGUCCAAUCUUCAGAGCCUACAGAGACUAACAUUCAAAAAGCUGCAGAAGAUGAAUCAGUUGAUAACAUCUUAGGAAAUGCAGCCACUAUGGAAACAGAUGAAAUUAUUCCAAUUUUGGAAAAGCUUGCACCAGCAGAUGAAUUAAAUAGUUUCUCCAAAUCCAUCUUGCUUCCAGUGGAAAACGCCAACUUGGAUGCAGAGGAUAAAGCAGAAAAUUCAGUGAAUUCCCCAUCUAAACAUGAAAGCACUGAAAGUUUGCCCAAAGAAGCUUUCUUAGUGCUUUCUGAUGAAGAAGAACUCUGUUGUGACAAAGAAGCUGAAAUGAUAACAUCAGUCCUUUCAGAAGAUAAAGAAGAGAAAAAUGAAAAAGAAUUGAACAAAGUGGAAGAAAAAGAGCACAAUGAGGAAGAGAAACCUCCAGAAAGAAGUGAAGCAUCAAGAAGAAAGCGUUCCAAGUCAGAAGAUAUGGAUAGUGUCCAUUCAAAGCGUCGUCGAUAUACGGGAGAAGAAUAUGAAGCAGAAUUUGAAGUAAAAAUUACAACAAGAGGGGAUGUUCACCAAAAGCUAGAAAAGGUCAUCCAUCAGUUUCUAGAAGAGAAGUUCACUGCCCUACAGUGUGCUGUGUUUGAUAAAGCUCUAGCAGAUUUGAAAACCAGAGUAGAGAAGAUUGAAUGUAGCAAGAGACAUAAAACAGUGCUUACUGAAUUACAGGCUAAAAUUGCAAGACUGACAAAAAGGUUUGGAGCAGCCAGAGAAGACUCAAAAAAAAAGUCUGAAAAUCCACAAAACAUGGCCCAUUCCCCAGGAAAAGCAGCUGGCGACACAAGUGGUAUCAACAGUGUGCAAUAUCGAAAUGCUGGCACAGUAAGACAGAUGCUUGAAUCCAAAAGAAACGUGGGAGACACCACAACAGCUACAUUUCAAUCUCCUGUAAAUACAGUAUCUGCUGCUACUCUUACUACUCCGCAAACACAAAUCAGUGGACAUCCCAAACCACAAACACCUGUCACCUCAGCACCAUUAACAUCUGGUACCUUGACAACAUCUGUUAUUCCUGCAGCUAACACAGCAACAGUAGUUGGCACAAGCCAGGUGGCUGGUGGCAACACACAGCCAAUGUCUGUUUCACUGCAGUCCUUGCCAGUAAUAUUGCAUGUACCCGUUGCAAUGUCCUCCCAGCCUCAACUUCUACAAGGCCAUACUGGUACCUUGGUUACUAACCAGCAAUCUGGCAGUGUUGAAUUUAUUCCUGUACAAAGCCAAUCUAAUGUUGGUAACCUAACCAAAACUCCAUUGGCUCUGCCACCAGCUAAUUCAUCAAAACCAAAUAAUAACACUUCAGUACCCAGCUCUGGCAUUCAGAGGAACUCACCAGCUAGUGUUGGCUGUUCAAUAGGAACAACUCUAGCAGUACAAGCCGUCUCAACAGCACAUCCUGUUGCACAAGCUGGAAGGACUACUUUGGCUACUGUAACUACUUCAGGGAUUUAUACUCCUCCCACCAAUAGGAGUAACAUACAAAUGAAGAUCCCGUUAUCAGCCUUCAACAGUACGGCUCCUGAAACAAGCACUGCAGCAACACCUAGAGUUGAGAGUCAGACAGCCAGACAGCUACCGCCUCCACCACCACCACCAGAUACUUCAGCCAACAAGAAAGCACCUGAAGUUGCGCCACAGAGUGGCAAAGCCCCAGGCAGUGCUGGAGGAGGAGUAAUUGAUCUGACACUGGAUGAGGAAGAUGAUGGCUCAUCUCAAGAUGGCAAAAAACAGAACCAAUUGAACGCGUCUGGAAUGGGCCUGUCAACCCCAUCUGUAGCUCGUCCCUUGCAGCCGGUUCAGACAAACCCUCUCCAGCAAGCAAGUGCACCAACAAAUGGACUAUCACAGACCACCAUACAUGUUCUGCCCGCAGCUCAGACAACUGUGAAUGUAACUCAUCGUCCAAUGACUCAGGCUGUUCCCAGGCUUCCAGUACCAAGAAACCCUAGUAACCAUCAAGUAGUCUAUACUACUGUUCCUGCACCAUCAGUACAAAAUCCUGUGCGAACCACUGUUAUGCAGAGCCCUAGUUUAAGGCAGGUCAACCCACAAAGUUCAGGUAUGGCCGUGCGAAUGCCUCAGACAACUGCAUAUGUUGUGAACAAUGGACUAACCUUGGGAUCUGGAGGGCCUCAGCUCACAGUACAUCAUCGACCACCACAAGUGCAUUCAGAGCCACUACGGCCUGUGCACCCAGCCCCAUUGCCAGAAGCCCCACAGCCAUCCCGCUUGCCACCUGAAGCUGCCAACACCUCCCUGCCUCAGAAGCCACAUCUGAAGUUGGCACGUGUGCAAAGUCAAAACGGCAUUGUACUCUCCUGGAGUGUUUUGGAAGUGGACCGAAGCUGUGCCACUGUGGACAGCUAUCAUCUGUAUGCAUACCAUGAGGACCCCAGUGCCACUGUGCCUUCUCAGUGGAAAAAGAUUGGGGAAGUAAAGGCCCUUCCCCUACCAAUGGCAUGCACACUUACCCAGUUUGUGUCUGGCAGCAAAUACUAUUUUGCAGUGCGUGCUAAGGACAUCUUUGGCCGCUUUGGACCCUUCUGUGACCCCCAAUCAACAGAUGUCAUUGCGUCCCAAAGCAGUUAAACUUGAGACUUUGAAGGCUUCCAUUAUUGCCCCUCACCUGUGGCUUACUCUGGUUUUGGGUUUAUUUUCAUGCAUGAAAGUUGCUGUAAAAUACCCUCUGCAGGAUUAUUUUGGACAGCUAUGUCAUACACUACAGGACAUAUAACCAAAACCAAAAUAAAUUCGAGCCAGCAGUUGGAGAGCCUGUAUUUCUGGUGAAGUCUUGAAGUACAAAAUCUUCUCUCCUUCUCCCGCAAGCUGCUCUACGUGAAAAGUAGUAAGACACUAAGUUGGGAGUUUUUACUUCAUACUGAUGUGUCCCAAUGAGUUGAUCAAGAAUAUCAAGUUCUGAUACAAGGGCAGGAGUGGGUGCUCAAUGAUCAGGUUAGAAGGGAAGCCAGGAUUCAGGGUCUUGCUUUCUUUUGUUCUGGACAGUAAACAGUCUUACUUUGCAGGUCAUCAUCUACUCUCUAGAGGGCAAAAGGAUCUUGUGCGUGGCCAGUUCUUGAAGAAUGUAUGUGCAUCCACUUAUUUGAGUGGAAUUAGAGAAGAGUGAGUAGUAUCUUGGCUAGCUCACAAUGUGCUCACCACCAGAGGUAGGGGCAUUUUGAAGCUAGACCAAAAAUAGGUUUGUAGAAAACUUCAUUUGCAUUUCCGGUAGCUUCCCACCCUCCUCUUUGUCCUUCUCUUUUUUAAACAAAAGUUUAAUUUGUGCCUUAAACAAUAAUUUCAAAAAUAAAUGCAGUCACACUUUGUGCAGUCCUCCUGCUUCUGCCCUCUUUCCUUCUUCUGCUUUUCAUCUAGCCCCAGAAUGUUCUAACCUCUCCUUGCAGAGUUUGAAGAAGUAUAGCACCCAGCUCUCGGGUUAAUUGCCAGUUCAUUCCAGUCAAUAUUUAAUUGUUAUGAAUUGUCUAUGAAGUUGGGUUACCUUUAACAGCAUUUGGUUGCAUCAUGUUCUUCUUGGAAGAUGUACUAUAGACUGGUGGCAUCAGAGACCCCUUUCUCACUUAAACACAAAUACUUGGGCUGCUCUGUAAGGCCUAUUUGAUGAAAUCCCUUGAUGAAAGUAUUCAAAUAAACCUUCUGGUCCAAUAUUUGCUCCUUUCAGUGGCUGAGUCAAGGCGAUGGAAUAGUGCCUCCACCUAGUUUCUUCCAUCACACAAAGAGUUAAGUGUCACAACCUAAUGCCCAAACCACACCUGAACUGGACUUGAAGAAAACUGCACCCUACUGUCUUCCAGAGGAAAGCAGGGCACAUAUGUUGUCUUCCUGGCCUAUCAGCUUGGGGGCAGGGUAGCUCUUCCCACUUCAUUGUCUUUUGAAGCUGAUAAGAAUUGAAACUGAAAUGAAAGGUUCAAAAUGGGAGCAUGCUGGUCCUUAUCGAUAUUGUGUGUUUGGGGAAGAUAGGUCUUAAUUCUGAUUGAGUAAAAUUCUUUGCAUUUUGAUAGAUGGUACAUCUUGUGUUCUUGUCUGCAUUGUAUUCCUUCUGAGUGACAUGAAAUGUUACUUCCUAAAAAGUUUUAGCUUGUUCCCCUAAUGGCUUUAGUCAAGGGAUAUAUUUGAACAGGCUGAAUAUUGUGCUUGUUAUCUGAGUGGAAUUCUUCAGUCUCAAGCAACAGACAGGAAAUAUUGCAAUGGUUUGUCUCUAUGAAUAAAGACACUUGUUUUCUUGCAGUACAGUAUAAAAGCAAUCAAUGAGCUGUGUACCAUGGCUACCUGUUGAGAUUAUUUUUUUCUCACUUUGAGAGGAACAUUAGUGCUGACACUAAUCAUCAUAAUACUAAAAGACCUGCCAUUGGAAGAGAACAAAAAUAUAUGGAGGUAGUACUUUAUUAAUUAAUUAGAUAUCUUCAGACUUCUGAACUGAAUAGGAGGACAUGCUUUCUGGAGCAGAAUGAAUGGGAGCACAUUUUUGGGACCUUACAGCCUUGUACUUGGUGCCAUAUUUCUUUUUGUCUCAAAGCAGAGAACUGGGUUAACCAGGUUGAGUAUCUGCUUGAUAAAGGAUAUUUGAAAAUAGUAUUUCCUUUCUGUCAAAGUAUUAUGAAGUAAACUGGAUUUCACAAUACAGAACUGGAUAGAGAUUGGAUUUUUACUAGUCUGUGCUCAUUAAGAAAUGGUACAUCCCACUCAGCACUUUGAAUAUAUUACUGAUUAGGCAGAACUUCUUAACAAUUACUUUGUAAAGAUUUUGAGGAGUUCAAGGCGAUUUCAGUGUCCACAUUGUACUGUACCAGUAUUUAUUUCCCCCCCACCUCACUAUGCUUAUUGAAGUAUAUGGCUGGCCCAUGCUUGGAAAAAUUGUUUUCUACUACUAUCAUGUGCAAGACAGUAUGUUCUUUUCAUCUGUAUUACAUCAAUAUUCUGUUUGUUGUCUUUAAUAUGUGAAAAUCCAUUUCCAGAUAAUAAGUUCCAUUGCAGAGGAAAAGUAUUUUCUAUUCAAAAAGGAGAAUGUGACAGGACAGUUCCCAUUCUGUUAAUUUGCUUGUUAUGUUCUGUUUUGAUUUUUGGAUUACAGUUAGGAAAUCCUGUAUUGGGAACUCUUAAGAACUCCAAACUUUAAGGAGGUGUGUCAUGUGUCUCAAGGACUGUUGAAACAUCAAGACUGAAUAUUCAGCAUUUUGAAAGCUUCUUAAAGCUAUGAUUUGCAAAGGUUUAAAAAAGAUGGUAACUGCUGAAUUUGAGAGCAUAAGGAAAGAGUAAGAUACAACAUUUGUUGUACUGAAAUAAUUUAUACUGGUUCAUGCUUUCAUACAUGCCUUUUUUGCUUAAGGGAAUCCAUGGUACAUGAGAGCUAGUGUGUCAGUAGCAUUAAAUCUGGUUUCCAGAAUGGCCCUCUUACAAUAUUGGGAUUGCAACGGCAAUGCAAAAUGAAGUUGGGACAAUGCCCCUUAGAACUGUAUUAUGAGUCAACAAAAAUAUCCAGAUUUUAAUAAUGAUAGUUUGAUAUAUUGAAGAUACUUCUUCCUCCCUGCCCCUUCACUUGAAGUGUAUGAAAACUGGGUACCAAAGUUUUGGCAACAAAGGAGGUUCUACUAAUGCCACAGACAAGUUAUUCCAUCCUUCCUGUAAUUAAUUUUAUGUUAAGAACUGUAAAAUGUACAAGUAGGCAAAGAUAAAUUAAAAUGUGUUUGAUCAAUAUUUUAAAGCACACUGAUAGGUUUCUUAUCUAAUUGUGCUGGAUUUUUCCUCUUUGAAAAUAUAUUUUAAAUGCUGUCUGCAUUGGAAGUUUUAUUUGUAAAUAGAGUGAUCAGACAGCCAAACCUUGGGCUACUUGCUGAACUUCAGUUAGCUUAUCAGCCAUUGGAAAACUACAAAACCUUUUCUUAUGAACUUGCACUCUGAUUUUUUCCCCUUCUGCAGACGAACGUGUAAAUAAAGAUAAAGUGGGACGUACCAAAAAGUCCAGUUUCAGCAGGGCAAUGGCAAGUUCUAACUUUUGUAUGCAUUGUAGAUUAGUGUCUGUAUACGUGUUAACUGUAGUGGGUUUUUGUCUGACAAGCCUGAGAUUUAUACUUUGAAAUAAACUACUGGGUUUUUAA